UGUCGUGAAAAGGGGAGGGCCUUCACGGGACUGUUUUUAUUUAUUUCUUUGUUUCAUGUUCAUAAAACAACAACAAUGGUGGAUAAUUGAAGAAGUGUGAACGUUAGGAUGAGCGGAUGACAUUUCCAGUCACAGUUACCAGACCGAGAGCACCGGUGAAUCAACAGGGGGAGGAUGAAGCGGCGCAAUGCGGACUGCAGCAAACUCCGACGGCCGUUAAAACGGAACCGAAUCACCGAGGGUAUAUAUAGCAGUACGUUCCUGUACCUGAAGUUCCUGGUAGUGUGGGUGUUAGUUCUGCUGGCCGACUUCGUGCUGGAGUUCAGGUUUGAGUACCUGUGGCCCUUCUGGCUUUUUAUUCGAAGUGUCUACGACUCCUUCAGAUAUCAGGGACUGGCGUUCUCUGUGUUCUUCGUAUGUGUGGCGUUUACGUCGGACAUCAUCUGCCUCCUCUUCAUCCCAGUCCAAUGGCUGUUUUUCGCUGCCAGCACCUACGUAUGGGUCCAGUAUGUCUGGCACACAGAAAGAGGAGUCUGUCUACCCACUGUAUCGCUGUGGAUCCUGUUUGUGUACAUCGAAGCUGCCAUACGGUUCAAAGAUCUGAAGAACUUUCACGUAGACCUGUGUCGACCCUUCGCUGCUCACUGUAUCGGCUAUCCUGUGGUGACUCUGGGCUUCGGCUUUAAGAGCUACGUUAGCUACAAGAUGCGACUGAGGAAACAGAAGGAGGUGCAGAAGGAGAAUGAAUUCUACAUGCAGCUUCUACAGCAGGCUUUACCGCCGGAGCAACAGAUGCUGCAGAGACAGGAGAGGGAGGCAGAGGAGGCUGCUUUAGCUAAAGGGAUCUCCGAGGUAGAACCCGCAGUAAUAUCCCAAAACGGAGCACCUCCUGGAAAGAAAAGCACCUCAGUCCCGCUACCAGAACUGGAGUACCGGGAAAAAGGGAAGGACAGUACUGGCAAAGAGCGCGAGGGCAAAAAACAAAACACAAUUGGAAUCAAUAACAACAGUAUUAUACACGCACUGGACUCCAAACUACAGGAGACAGAGUACAUAGAGAACUACGUCGGAGCAAAGAGACUGAAUAACGACCUGGCAGCAGAGAACACACACGCCGACACCAACACACACUCCACUUCCAAAGAGGAAGUGGGGGGGACGGGGAAGAACUACAAAAAUGCCAGCGGAGGCGGGGGUAACAUUCCCAACUCGUCUCCACGGAAUCACAGUUCUUCAAACGGCAGCGUGCCGCCGGGUUCCUCAACCAAUAAGAAUGAGAAGAAGCAGAAGGGGGCGGGGAAGGGGCAGAAGGAUCCAGUGGAGAACUGCAUCCCAAACAACCAGCUGGGCAAGCCGGACGCGCUCGUACGGCUGGAGCAGGAUGUGAAGCGUCUGAAGGCAGAUCUUCAGGCCAACAGGCAGCUGGAGUCAGAGCUGCGGAGUCAGCUCUCCUCUCUGAGCAGCCAGGACCGCAGCCUACGCUCUGAACUGGGCCAGCUCCGCCAGGACAACGAGCUGCUACAGAACAAGCUCCACAGUGCCGUCCAGGCCAAGCAGAAGGAUAAGCAGACCAUCUCCCAGCUGGAGAAGAGGCUGAAGGCUGAGCAGGAGGCUCGAGCCCUCGCUGAGAAACAGCUGGCCGAGGAGAGGAAGAGGAAGAAGAUGGAGGAGGCCACUGCUGCCAGAGCCGUGGCAUUAGCUGCUGCCACCAGAGUGGAGUCGACGGACUCUCUGCGUGGUCGCAUCAGAGAGCUGGAGACGGAGUGUAAGAAGCUCAGCAUGGACAUGAAACUUAAGGAGGAGCAGAUAAGGGAUCUGGAGGGCAAGUGUCAGGAGCUGAGGAAGUAUAAAGAGAAUGAGAAGGACACAGAGGUGUUGAUGUCAGCGCUGUCAGCCAUGCAGGAGAAGACCCAGCACCUGGAGAACAGCCUGAGUGCUGAGACCAGGAUCAAACUCGACCUCUUCUCUGCACUGGGGGAUGCCAAGAGGCAGCUGGAGAUAGCACAAGGCCAGAUCCACCAGAGGGAGCAGGAGAUCGCAGAGCUGAAGCAGAAGAUAGCAGAGGUGAUGGCAGUGAUGCCCAGCCUGUCCUACUCAUCAGACGGCAGCAACCUCAGCCCCGUCACCCCGCACUACUCCUCAAAGUUCAUGGACAAUAGUCCCUCCUCCCUGGACCCCAACGCCUCAGUCUACCAGCCCCUCAAAAAGUGACUCUGACAUCCACACUUUUGUCAGACAGAACUUUGUCUUCUUUCUUUCGGUGAAGCUCUCAGUUCUGGUGUGGGUUAUUUUUUGAGUUUACCAGCCCCUGACAAUUUUUGCACUCUAACGUACCACACACAGACACACACAGCGCACACAACCCCUCCAUACAUAUGUGUAUUUGGCUUCUUUCUAUUUCGGUUCUGUUAUCAGAACUAUUAUUUUGAGCGGGUUGUGAACAAUCUGAUUCUUUUGUUGUUGGGAUUUAGCCAUUAGACAGCGUGAUCUGUUUGAAGGGGGAGAAAGGAACACACAGUUUGUUGGCCAAAUGUCUACUGAAGAGCCGUCAUGCUUCGCUUCAUGUCAGUCUUCUGUUGGUGUCGGUAUAUAAAUCCCCCCACAGCCAUAUUUUCUUGUAUAGUGAACUGAUACACAUUUAAUUUAAGAACAAUUGGCUUUUCAUGACUGUUUGGUAGGCGCAGGAUGCCGUAAGUUUUCAGUUUAGUUUGAGUCUGAAACUCGCCUGUAAAGUUGAACCCAGCGAGAGAUACAUGAAUGUAAAACGAUUCAUGUUUUGCUUAAAUCAGUGAUUGUUUGUUUUGUAAUGUUUCAGUUCAGUUACGACAAUGUAUGUUUGUUCUAAACUAGUGAUACUGAACUGAUAAACGCUCGCUGUGUCCUUCAGAUAUUCCGACCCAGUUCAUCCUCUUAAAGAGUAACUUCAGUAUUUUUCAGCCUGGACCCUUUUUUCUCAUGUUCUUGUGUCUGAGUGACUCAUGGCAGCAACAGUUUUGAGACUGGUGCCGUACUUAGUGAGAUCACUGCAGGCAGCAGCAGAGAAACAGACUUCGAUGUGCAAUUGAGCACCGUGAAUUUACGUCCACUGAAAGUGUUUGUUUUUGCCACUGACAGGCUCAGAUUGUCACUAUGAAUGUCUUCACAGACAUAGUCCUUGUUGUUGAUGAGUAAGAUCUCUGUUUUUAAACCAGAAACAGGCUCAAAAUCACUGCUGUCAACACCUCCAGACUCCAUUUACAAAAACAGUAAUUUUAUCAUCAUAGAACACGCUUGAUUCAAAGUCCACAGGAGCAAAAUAAAACUUACACAAGCUGUCCUGGUUCAUUUCCCACUGUUCCAACAAUCACGAAGUUUGCUUUGGUUGAAAUUAACCCUUAAGUCACCCAGUUAGAAGUGAAAAUGCACUGACUCUGUACAUGCUAAAAUUGCUGUUUAUGUGAAUGGAGUCUGGUGGAUUUGGUGAUGGUGAUUUUGGGGCUGUUUCUGGUUAGACAAAAGGGGAUGUAUCCCUGUAUGGAUCAUUUUCAUAAGUUCUCAGACACUCAAGGCAGAUCUAUACUUGUGCGGUGGUGUGUCUGUGUCACUCUGCAGUUACACCUCCAAAACACUAGUUGGCGGCAGGGUUUCUGUGAAGUGCUGUAAAGUUUAGUUGAUUCAAAACACACAUUAAACACACAUUAAACACACAUUAAACAUACAUUAAACAUGGCUUAAUAGAGACAGUUUCAAACACAAAUCAGCUUCACUAUAACAAACACUUGUCUUUAUCUGGACACAUUUUCCCCACAAAUACAACAUACUAACGUUAUUAGCACAAGUCUAUGGCAUUUUACAUUGUAUAAAUUAGCCUAGCAGCUGCUCAUAUGAAGUCAGGAUAAAUCACACACAAGACUUUAAAUUAUAUUUUACGCCUCACGUUUUGCAACCUGCGCAACUCGUUCUGUGUUACCGAGGUCUUAGUGGACACAGACUGACGGUGCUCAGUUGCCCUAAGUGUUUACAUUGCAGUCGUUUUUGCUGCCACCAGCUGCAGCCCUCCUGCUAAACACUGGCCCGUUUACAAAACUUGUCGGUCCAAUCAGUGACUUAGACUCAAAAACAUGGGGACAUUUGAUCCAGGUUGAAAAAUAGCAAAAUUGCCCUUUAAUGCUGGAAUAGUGAGGUCUCCAGGAUUAUCAGUUGGUGGAUGAAGCAGAUGGAGUUCUGUCCGAAAAUAAAUGCUACUGCUAGAUUUGGCCUGGCACUGCCAAAACGUUAGCGUCCACCUGUUUGCUGCAGACACCUCUCUUCUCCCUCUGGACCAAAUUAGAACCCGUUAGGCCAUAAUGUUCACUGGAUUUAAUGAUGUCGAGGUAACUGGUCGUUACCGUUAUCUGCAGAUUUUACAGUGCCUUGCAGUUUCUCUUUCUAAGAUGCAGAAACCACAUACUUUGCAAUCCUGGGAUCUAAAAGCAUCAAGCUUCAAAGCUGCGUUUCUCUCUCCAGCUCCGAUUCGCCGGGUUUCCAUCCGAGAUUCUUCCCAUUCUGAUCGGUAUUUAUAAAACAAGCCAGUGUCAGCUCAGACACGUUGAUCCCAGUGUUACAGACUUAAAGGGAAAACAUAACACUGGACACAGUACACGUCAUUUCAUGGUGACACAGUCUUGGUACGCCAAACACCAACCAAACUGAUUGUCUAUUAUCGUGCCGAGAGUCGGCAUUUAGUUGUUUACAACAAUGUACAUUAACCCACUGAGGAAUGUUUGUUUAUUAUUUCAUUUCAGUUCUUAAGUGCCAAGUGUUGAUGUUCGGUUUCCAUCCAUCUUUGAUCGAUGUAGCUAGCGUAAUGUUUUCAGAAGAGUGCUGUUAUUUUAUUUUGUUGUCAUUAGAACAUAUUCAGACGGUGUUGUGUUUACAAGGUUCUGGGCUGAUCUCAGCAGCUGCUCAGUUGGACUCAUGGUGUUAUUCACACAUUUAUUUAUUUGUUACAGACUUUUAUUGAGUGGCACCUCCUAGAUAUUUCCCAUCAUUCAGUUGGUUUCCUAUGUUCUGUUUUUUUUCUACCAGGAAGGAUUCUGUGAAUGUGUUGUGUUGGGAAAAGGUUGCCCCUGAACCAUUUGACCAUGUCGUGCUGUCAUGUUGCCUACUUGGAAAAAAAAAAAGUAUUAUUUGUGGAUCGCUCUGGUGUUGUGACUUCAGUUCUCAAGUUGCUUUUAUAAGUUUGUGUCGAAGGAAGAGAAGGUUUUAAAAAAAGAAGUGCUUUGUUUUAUCUUUUCAUUGCUCCACCAUGUUUGUUUUCUUUACUCAAAGUGAUGGUGGCUGUGUCACACUUUUUACGUUGGCCAUCACUAUUAAAGAAAGUCUUGCUGGUGGCAAUGCAAGCUGUUCA